GAUUCAGUGUAAAAGGUUUUGCAUCCUUUAAUUGCAUAUUCUCAAAUUUACUCAAGAUUAAGAAAGAAUUAGGUUAAUUACAAGAGAAAUGGUAGAAUUAUCGGGAAUUUCAAGCUCUCGAAAACCGCCAUCUCUAGGGAAAAACUGCGAAGAAGACUUAGACAUUCUGUAAACACUUCUCUUCUGUCAAUCGGGGUGUGAUCGUCUAAUGAUUGCAGAAAACCGAAAGAAAUUCCCUUAUUUGGGAGAAGUCCUUCUCAGAUAGAAGUUAACUUCCUGGUGUUUUAUUUUAUAUAAUGGAUUGGCAUUUGAUUCUGGAAACAUCACUCCUGAAACUAUUCUGCCUUUAAGAGUGCAGUACAGUGUAAGCAAAGAUGGAGACUAUGACCAUAACUGAGAUGAUUGGAUCGGAGGGGGAGGAGGAGGAGGUGUUCCUUGAAGCAUCUUUAGAGGGAGCUCCACUAUUUGCCAAUACUUCAUACAAAAACCUUCUUGAGGACUUUAAUAAUCCUGACCUUGGCUAUCUGGUUUUGUCUCUUCUUGUUGCCAUGGUUUGGGCUGUGUACAUAAUACUUUUUAAUGCUCGUGUUCAAGGCCGCAUUUUAACAACUUUACUGAGAAGAUUUGUAAAGAGCGGGGACUUAUCUAUAGGAUCAUUCUCUUUGUCUGUGUUGUCUGGUCAGAUAAUGUUUCGCAAUGUCAUAUAUGUAACUGAAGAUUACAGCCUUCGGGUAGUUGAUGGAAUUCUGAAGUUUCGUUACUGGCUGCUGUAUGUUAAACGACAGUUAUCGGAGGACAUGUCUCACUGUGACCAUCGUGUAUGGUUGGAACUAAAUGGACCCGAGCUUCAUAUAUAUAACCGUUCACAGUUAUAUGGUCGACUUGAAAAGCUUUUUGGCUUAGAGCAGCAAGUCUUUGGCAGCAACAAUGGAAAAGUAUCUAGUGGCAAGAAUGAUGAAGAAAUUGAACAAGAGAAAGUGGCAACAAAUCAGACACGAGACAUGACUUUUUGGCAAGACUGGAGAGAUCUUAUUCCUGUCAUCAAAAUAGAUUUGAAUAUGGCUAGAUUUGUGUUUGGUAAUCGUUUAGUGGCAUCAACAUUACUUCUUACAACUGACAAAGCUGAAUGUAUCUACACCACAAAGCCAGCUGCGUGCUCACUUGACCACUUCAUGCAUGUUGUCACUUCAAAAGCUGAGAACCUAAGGGUUAUUCUAGCUCCGAGCCCCAAGUACACAGGUGUUUCAGAUGAACCACCACGUUAUAUGGGUGAAGGAUUUGUUGUGAUGUCUUCAAGUGUAGUUCAGUUGUAUUACUACAUGGAUGAACCAGGUCUUGUUCCAGAGCAUCCACAGACAAUGCGUCUUCCCAGUGGAGAUGAAGUAAAUGCAUCUCCUCCUGUGUGGGGUUUAGAUAUCAAGUGUGAGAAAGGUACAAACUUAUGCUAUGGACCCUGGGCUGAUCGCCAGAGAGAGCAGCUUUUUAGCUUUUUCUUCCCACAAGACUAUCAGACUAUGCAGUAUCGUAAUCUUCUUGAAGCAGAAUCCCUUGACUACUCUGUCCAUGUCCAUUAUCCUAGGGUAUGGAAUCACCAUCAGUCAUGGGAUAUGCAAUUUAACAGCAGCAAAGCAACUUAUCAUUUUCUUUAUUCACAUAAAGACUUCUUUCAAGAUAUGAUAGAAGACUGGUCUUCACGGACACAGCCAGACCUUCUACAUUUUGUUCCUUACACUUGGAACUUUAAUCUUAAGCUCCAUCAGUUUGAACUGGUUACCCUUGCAAAUGGAUACAAUUGGGUAGACUGCUCAUCACAGCACCAAGCUAAUGCUCAUGUUGCCUUCUGUGGAGAUCUUCUGGAAUUGAAGUUUUCACUUCCAUUUGUGGACUUUCUUCCAGAGAGGAUAUCACUACAGUUCAUCAUAUUGGUUGAAACUGUUGAUCUUAGUUUAUUUCUACCGCCAUCAAACACAUCACGUCAUAUUAUUGCUGCAUUAGAUAGAAAUGCGAAGCUCAUUGAUAAAGAGGGAAGACCUAAAGAAGUGUUCAAUGAUGGAAAGUGGAGGAAAUUUUGCAAGUUAAGCUCUGGAUGGAUAGAUUGUUGGCAAGUACCUGAAUUACAGUUGAACAUUGGUUAUACCUACCACCCAAUUCCCCCUUUGGGCCCAACACCUCAGGCCAAUGUUUCAACUCCCGAGAAGGAAGAACUGCUUUUGUCGCCAAUUAGGGCCCCUCAUAAAAAGAAGUCCCCCAUGGAAAUCAUAAAGAAUAUCACACCAGAGCAGUUUGAUCCAACCUCAGUGUCAGCUGAUGUUUUUACUGUUGAGCUUCGCAUCAUUCGCCCUUCAGACCUGAAGCUGUAUGGUACCGUACUUCAUCUCUUUAUUAAUCUAAAGGAAAAUAUCUUUGGAGAAGAUCAAAAAUUUACUGACAUGAACCAGAGUCAUGUGGAUGAGGAUAAUCCUACAGAGACCAGCCAGCAUGAGGAGUCUAAAUCCAAUAGUGUUGCUGAAGAGAAAAAAACUGAAUUUGAUUGUCGAAAAUAUCGUCAGUUCAAAGUGACCGUCUAUUUGGAUAUCAGAAAUGUUGUUGGUCAUCUUAUAAAGGAUUGCACAGAAAAUGAUCCACCUUGUCCUACAGUUGCUUUGGACCGCUUGAUAUUUGAAAUGAAAAAAAGUUACACUGAAACACAGUUACAGGUCGUAGUUUCACCUCUUAUACUUACAACAUCAGACAGUUACACUCCUCGUCCACAUGCACACCAGCAUUUGCAUACUGGCUUUCUUAUGCUGUCUGGCCUUCAGAUGCGGGGCCAUGCAAUGUUUAGUGCAGAGGAACGUACUUUAGAUGAAGAAACAUUAGAGUAUGCGUGGCUUGUAGAAUUAACAGUUGGUACACUAAGUGGCAAGCUGACUACACCUCAGCUCCAGUAUAUUUUAACAGCAGUAGAAGCUUUUUUGCUGACAGUAGAAGACAUGGAAAAUCGCUUGCGGCAUCCACGUCCCCAUCUAUUUUGUUAUCAUGGUACUCCUCAACCCCAGUGUUUACACACAACUGAUGAGCACUUCUGCCCAACAACAGAUGUCAUUAAAUACAAGAUGGUGCGCGCUUCUAUUGAUGGCCUCAGCCUCAACUUGGUAGAGUCUGGAACUAACCUCAGUUUACAGGUGUAUCCUAUUCGCAUAGCGACAUGCAAUCUUCAUGGACAGCACACAAGGUCUGGAAUUACUGCUCAUAUUCAAAAUAUUAGUGCCCGAAAUUACAUUUGUGGCCAGCAUGGCUUGAAAGAAGGUGGUGGACGAGGCGAAGCUGCUUCGACCUGUGGUACAUCAACCAGCGGAAUGGGUGGUGGCCUUGGUUUUAGUGAUUUUUAUUCAGAUGUUUGGUUAGAAGCUGCUGCUGUUACUUUGGGACCUGUAUAUGUGGAUGCUGCCACCAGUAUGGAUGUUCUUUAUCAUGACAUGCAGGUUAUACAACACAAGUAAGUUCAGUAGUUUAAUUUUUGUACAUUUACAUA